CGGAAGUACAUGCUUCACCCCGUGUGUCGUUAGCAUUUAGCUAACACGUAGCUCCCACUUUCUCCCCGUUAUAAGACUGCGCGAUUUAAGUGGCCGACCCUCUAUUUCGCCGUAAAGAGGGGCACCGCUGACUCGGUCGUUGGUAAAAUGUCAGACAAGAAGCGAAGGAGAGAAAAGGAGGACCGGCGAGAACACAAGAAGCAGAAGAUCACCGCACAGGAGUUGGAGAAGCUCAAAACACAGUCGAAAAGGCUCAGCCAAGAAGUCCAAAAGCUCAAACACGUCGAAACCUUCUACGAGAAACCUCCACCCGGACUCAUAAAGGAGUAUGAGGAGAAGCCGGAGGACUGUAUUCCUGCAGAACCUGGGAACGAGGAAGCUCGGAGCUUCCUGGCUCACGCCCCCACCAAGGGCCUGUGGAUGCCGCUGGGAAAGGAGGUCAAGGUGAUGCAGUGUUGGCGGUGCAAGCGUUACGGUCAUCGCACUGGAGAUCGAGAGUGUCCUUUCUUUACAAAAGGCAACCAGAAACUGGAGCAGUUCAGAGUGGCUCAUGAAGACCCCAUGUACGAUGUUAUUCGGGAGAACAAAAGGAACGAAAAAGAAACCAGGAUCCAGCAGUUGCAGCAGUUGCUCCAGGACACCACUUCUUCAUCGUCCUCCUCCGAUUCAGACAGCUCCUCUUCGUCAUCCGACCACCACCACCGCCGCAGCAAGAAGAGGAAGAAGAAAGAGAAGAAGAAGAAGGACAAGAAGAAGAGAAAGAGGAAGCGCAAGCACAAGUCUUCCAAAUCGAGUGACUCUUCAGACUCAGACUGAUGACUGCAGAUGUAGGAGCUUAAAUGAAGGACAGGGAAGCGAAGCCCGUGUGUGCACCCAAGUCUCCUCUCUGCUGGGUUACAUCCAGCAUUUAGUCCGAGGCAAGGACGAGUGCCUUGCUGCAUGUAUCCGUUAGAGCGUCGCCUGCAUGGAGGCAUUGAUAUGUCAUGUCUGCGUGUUUGUAUUCCCGCCAUUUUCUGCUGUGAUUGUAGAGCGAGUCGGUGCAGCUGGCACACGAGCCAGAAUGUUGGAAUCCUCGUGACUGUUCAUAAAUAUCUAGAAUGGCUUGAGGUCGGAACAUGCUCCGCCACUCAACGGGAAGGAAUGUAAGUGAAUGUUUUCCUCAUCCUGAGAAUUAAAAAAACGCCACUGUG